AUGGCCGGCAAACUGCAGCACAUCACUUUCCACAACGGCCAGAAGAUGCCCAUUGUGGGUCUGGGCACUUGGCAGUCGUCGGAAGGAGAGGUGGGCAAAGCUCUGGACGUGGCGCUGGAGGCGGGCUACAGACACAUCGACACCGCCUUCCUGUACCGCAACGAGAGGGAGAUCGGGGCCACGCUCAAGAAGUGGUUCAGCUCCGGGAAGCUCAAGAGGGAAGACGUGUUCGUCGUCACCAAGCUUCCAUUCAUGGGCAUGCGGCAGUCGGGGGUGGAGAAGUACCUCAAGAAGUCUCUGUCCGCCCUGCAGCUGGACUACGUGGACCUCUACCUGAUCCACAACCCCGUGGGCUUCCAGGACGUCGACGACGGCGGCUUCCCCAAGGACAAGGACGGCAACGUGCUCCUCGACGUGACCACCGACCACGUCGCCAUAUGGAAGGGAAUGGAGGCCCAGGUGGACGCGGGCCGUGCUCGCUCCAUAGGUCUGUCCAACUUCAACGCGCGCCAGAUCAAGCGCGUGUGGGAGUCAGCGCGCAUCAAGCCGUCCAACCUGCAGGUGGAGAUGCACGUCUACUUCCAGCAGCGCGAGCUCAGGGCCUUCUGCCGCGCCCUCGACAUCACCUUCUGCGCCUUCGGACCACUCGGCUCGCCGCACAUCUACCCGUUCGUCGAGAGCCAUGGCGGAGAUGUCAGCAAACUACCACGGUACAACCAGCUGAGCGACCCGCUGGUGAAGCAAAUAGCGCAGAAGCACGGCAAGACGACGGCCCAGGUGCUCAUCCGCUUCCUGAUGCAGCUCGAGGUCGCCGUAAUUCCCAAGAGCUCCAACCCAGCACGCAUCAAGGAGAACUUCGCGGUGUUCGAUUUCGAACUGUCCCCAGAAGAGAUGGAAGCCCUGGAGGCUUUGGAUAAGGGACCAAAAGGCAGACAGGCGAAUGAGCACGUCCUUCCUGGACUCGGACGCCAUCCCGAGUUCCCGUGGUUUGAUCGCUACUAGUCAUGAGGAGCGAACGUUAUGAGCCAAGGAAAAGCUGCAAGCUUGGCACCGGCUGAAGUAUAC